CGCAAAGUGGAACAUUGAAUUAAGUAUGUCGUGAAUGAGUUACUAAAGUUUCGAUCUUCGUGCAAUGUGCAAGCAAUCGACACUCGAACUCGAGCGUGACAAUUUAAAUUUUGCAGUAGUACUUAAAACCAAAACUACGCUACACGAAGAAGCUUGUUUUACCUGCACAGAUAGCUGUCGCUUGUUCCCCGAGAAUACAACUGAAUCAUAUAGUUCCCCGAGAAUACAACUAACUUGACUCUGGUGCCCGCCGAAGUCCUGAUAAAGAACCCGUAGUUGACUUCAAGUAGUUUCGGAAGCCUUCUUCUACUUCUUGCGGACUUUUCUUUUCUGCGGUCAGGGUGAUUGGAAAGAGCUGAGCCCCUGUUUCGAGAACCGUCGAUACGGAACCGUGCUGAUGGAGAACUCUGAGUGAGCGGAAGACGGGAUUUUGGUUUGUGCUGCGCCACCUGGAGAACGCGUAGCAGCAUCGAAUCCAUCAAUCAUCAAAGGCCAUCGGACAAAGCAACUGGCCUCGCAACACAAAUAGCAGAAGACGCUGUAGUUGUUUUGUCAGUGCCCCCUCUCUAUGCCUCCUCGGGGUGACUAAGUAAUUCAGGUACUGCUGAAUACGUCGUGUCCAAAGUCCAACCAGGCAGCGCGGUUGCAUGAACAGUAACAGAAAGAGGAGCAACAACUACACCGUCGAUGAGACAGACGAGGAAAGAUAAAGAAUCUGAACCAGGGGAGCCACGAGGACGUACUUCGCGUCAAUCUUCUAGAAGGCCUUGUAGUACUUACUAACCGGCAUCAAGAUCAAGAAGAAUAGUACCAGCUGCUCUGUCUUUCCUAACACCUCUGAAGACGUUGCUCCGGUACCAACACCACGGCGUCUCCUUCCACUUCUCCCAUCGAGAUCGAAGCUUAUCCUGAGAACCGAAAGGAGCAAACUACGUCCCGCAUCUUCUAGCUGCCCCAGGAACAAAGAACAGCUUGAAAAUGGAGGCGCUCACCAAGCCGCUCCGGAACAUUUUCCGGAUGGUGAUGCGGGGCGCACCGAUGAAGCCGUCCACCGAGGUGCAGGAAGUGCUGAUGCAGUUGCAGAUUAUGCCCAAGCACCUGGCGAAAUUGUACAAGGUGUUCUCGGAGCUGAAACAGGCGGAAAAGGAUAUGAUCUUGAGGAAAAACGUUCCCACGCCACUAUACCAAGAAGUAGGGAAAAUCUGUAUACAUAUAUCAACGAAAAAAAAAAUUCGCGCAAGCCACCACUUUUCGGAUUGGAGCGCAUGAAAAAAAUCGAUACAACAACUUUGCAUCGGAAGAUGAGGUAUUCGUAUUUCCGGGUGGGAAAUGUUUUUCCACCUGAUAAACAAGCACCGCACCAUCACCACGGCCUCCGAGGUCGCGACCAGUAGUCUGAAGACCCUGGUCCCCCACCGAAGAAAGUGGGUCGAAGGAUGUCUCGAGCGGCUGGUCGAGUUUGGGGGCUGCUUUGACGUGGUCAACUGGGAUGAAUUUUUGUACAUCUUUUUGAAGUUCAACAGUCUCUCCAAAGUCGAGCUCUGCCAGGCCAUGUUCUACAUCAUCGUGAAGGACGUAAAGUUACCGUAAGAAAAAGAGAUUGUACGUGUAUACUUUUUUGGUUUUGACGGUGCAGGGAUAUCAUGAUGAUUACAAAUCUGUCCGGCAUGACAGCAAAAACCUGGCAUGCUUAACUAGUACACGAAAACGCGCUUGAAUGAGCCCUAAAAUGCAUGACCAGCAUGACAGACGCAAUCGCCUUGCGUAAUGCACAAAAGCAGUCUUUUUUUCUUGCAUAGAAGUCGUGGACCAUCCACUACCUGACGUGCACGCAGCUUUCGGAGUACUACUCUCUGUACGAUGACUGCCCUGUCGAGUCGUUUUCCACCAGCGAGAUCAAUUUUGCGGCACUCCCACUGCACCGCUACUACAUCGCAGACUUCGUGGAGCUCUGUCACAGGUAUGCUAGUCGUGUAGUUAAAACCUUGUCGUUGUCCGCAGCUCUACGUCUUUCCUAUUCGUAUUGCAAAGACAAGAUGAUGAUGAAGGUGAGGCACGUAAUGGUUGUUCUACUGACAUGGCAAACUACUGCAGGUAUUCCCAACUUAUCAACCCUUUGAUCCACCUCCAACGCUCCCUGCAGUCUUCGCUCCCUAUCCCACAUCAAAAAAGCCGCCAGCGUAUCACAAUUGUAAAUGCAAAAAGAAAUACGAAUACCAAUACAAGACACGUCUGCAGGAGCCCAUGGAAUGCUGCUUAGCAUACACUAGAGAGCUUAUCCUUAUGUACUUUUGCGUAUUCAUUUUUGCAUUUAUACGGAUGAUAUGCUAUCAUACUUGCUUUUUUCUGUUGGAUAUUCCCGUCCCUCGCCUUCUGGAACGACUACGACCGCGUCGAGUCCGUGAAUCGCAGGAUAAACCUGGAGUUUUUCCGCGUGAAGCGCGCCAACAUCUUUCUCCGCGGCGACCCGCCGUUUAAGGAGGUGUCGGACCUUAUGGGAGUGUCAGGAUUGAAAUCGUCAAAGUUGAAAUCAUUUGUAAUGCAUAAAAUCGAUACCAGACGGAAGCCCAAUUUCCCAGCGGCGCAUGACAAAUUUCGGCACCGUCUAAAACCGGUUUGUCAUGCUGUUUAGGAACAGAAGGCGCCUUUUGUGAUGCUACUUUAGCAGCUCUAUUCCAAACCCGAAACAGGCUUACAAUCGGCCUCAUUUGUAAUCCCUGCAACAGAGGCACUUCAUGCCUUGCAAUUUCUGCAUGAGAAAUUAUUUCAACUUUGAGGAUUUCAAUCCUGACGCUUCCAUAGACCUGCUCAUUCCAGACACCUUUGGCGGCCAGCGUGCGAACCUGAACCAGUGGCAUAUGGAGUUCUCAAAUGUUACAUUCUCAACUGUUACGUGAAUUUGUAAUGCAAGAGUGGCAAAAUUGAAAGGGGGAAGAUUGCGCCUUUUGCAUUACAGGUUUGGCGUAGAUUCUCAUGCUAUCUAGCAAGUCGCGAACUUGUCAUGCGAAGCAGCUUGAUCGUGUAGAUAUGCAUGGCUAAUUUGCAUCACAAAUCCAUGUAACAGUUGAGCUUGAGAGUGUAACGUUUGAGAACGCCAUAUGGCAGCGCAGGAUGGGUCACUACGACUUCAAACAGGGCGUCUGGCCAGACUUCACCCUCGAAAAGGCCCGGAGACAAGCCGAAGAAAAGGCGAAGGGUACAGCUCUUUACUGUAUGAAACUUUGCGUAUAUUCUUGUAAGACGAUCACGAUGCGGCCAUGAAGUUCAAGACGAAGACAAUAUUUGAUUUUUGAUGAUGUCUGUUUUCUCAAAUAUCCGGGUACCCCGGACUCAAGUGACUUCGCAACAAUCUAACGCGAUGAAUGCCCGAAUGCGAAGAACGCCAGACUGUAUAACAGAGCUGCGCACCGGCACCACACGACCCGCGUACAACAAAAUAUAAAUUAGAAAUACUAAUACUGUCUAUCCUUAUCGAAUGAAACACAGCCUCUCUGAACCCGGGCGACGAAGCCGCCGAUCUGGGUUCCCUUCCAAUAGACCACAUGGCCGACCCAGACACAGCUGCGAUGAUCAAGCAACAGAGCAUACCGAACCUGGUCGGCCAUCCCAGCCUAAUGAACCACGGGUCCUCCACGGUGGCGCGGAUCAUGAACGGCGACGCGGGAAUGGGCGGCGGCAUGAUGGGCAUGCCCGGCGGGGGCAUGCCGGGCGGCGCCGGCAUGAUGGGCGGCGGCGGCGGUGGACCCAUGUUGGGGGCGGAUGGAAGUAAUGUUUAUGUUCUUGUUUUGUUACACUUAGUGUUAGUACACACGCGCAGUUGCAAGCACGGAAAUGCCAUCAGAUUUUGAUAUAUCAUGUUUUGUGAAAGACAGAGGAGAGAAAUACAGCUCAAUCGAUGACGAUGUCUCACUCUCAGAUCCAGUUGGCAAUAUGAUGGCUGCGCCACCCCUCCCGGUGAACGAGGUGCCCGAUUACCUGCGGUUAGGCGUGCAGCCAACAAACUACGGCAUUAACGACGAGAACGUCCCGAGAAUACCCCAACACAUCACGUCCGCACUAUCAAAUGUAAAAAUGUCUGGGUCUGGAAACUUGUGAUGCUGGGUGGCGUCUCAUGAUGAGGCCACAAGUGCUGGCUCAGCAUGACAAGUUUCUGAGCUUCUAGGUGUUGCCUAUUCUGCAUGACAAACUGCGUUUCUGCAUCACAGAAAAGUGGAGCUCUACUUGGGUAACGUGCGUGACAGAUUUAAGAGUUGCGCAGUCUGUUAAGCAUGACAGAUUUAAGAGUCAUGCCAGACAAGCAUGACAAACAUGCAUUCUUCCAGACCCAGACAUUUGCAUUUGAUACGCACAGAUACGGCACAACAUUGGCUUGACCUACGCCGGUCAGUACACUGAUCGGGUCGCGCCCAACGUCGGAAGUAUAUUAGUGAAUGUGUGGUCAUUUUGUUUUCGUAAAUUUUUUUUCUGAAAUUAUGCGAAUGCACCGCUGCAGCGUCAAAAAGGAUAAAGUUGGAACUUUGUCAUGCGUUUUAUGCUGUUGAAAUCUUUAUCUUUUGCGAUCAGACAUACGCGACUUGCCAAAGUGGAUGCAGCGCUACGUGACGAUUCCAGAGAAAUCGGAAUUUCAAUGUAUUUUCUAGCAUGCUGUUGUCUUCUUGUCUGCUUUGAUUGUGUUUCAUUGCCUGUAGAAGAUGAAUGGCUGCGGGAAUUCAAAUGCACGAGCGAAAUCUCAUCAUAGAUUCCCGAGUAUGAAGUAGUGUAGUGCCUCUCUUACAAGUAGAAAAUUGCCUCGUCUGGGUCGUGGGUGUGUCGUGAAAAAGAACUUCCUAGAGUCGAAGCUUCUUCUUGUUUCAUGUCAUUCUCAUUUCAUGUCCGUAGAAGAUAGGUGUAGAGCCUGCUUUAAUAUCGCAUCACUCAUGCCUUGCGCAAUACUCCGCGACUGCUAUCUGUCGAUGCCGCUGAACGCUUUCGUCGUUUCUCUCGUCAUCUCGUCUCCUUUUUCUUUUUCCAACGGUAAGAGAGGCACUACCACUAUAUCUAUCUUCUACAAGCAAUGAAAUGCCAGUAGCAGUAUCACCUGAAACAAGAAGACAGCGGCUGGGUAGACAUGGGUUCGGGCUAGUAUAGGUCAAGCACGACCGAAUUUCUUUGUCCAUGCUCAGAAGUAGACUAAGGGCAAGAAAGUAGGGUAGCUGACAAUCGACCUAGUUCUCGAUGCGAUAGCCAGUCCCUACGAAGGUAGUUGCCUUCUCGUCUAGUAUGGGUUUCUAGAAGAUCUUCUUGCGCAAAAUGCUUUUCUGAUUACCCAUGUUGUAUGGGCCAACGGGCACAUAAUUAUCCACCUACAGAAAUCGACGAGCUGCCACAGUGGAUGCAUCAAUACAUAACCAUUCCGGCCCGUCGGCGAACCAAGGUGGAGCGGUUCGGCGAAGUUGACUUUAUUCGGUCGAUCCGGCAGCAGAAGCAGCGCCAGGACUCCUGCAUCAAUCUGAUGGAGAUGGCGAACGACGUACCCUUGGUGCCCAGGCCCAUGCAGGAGUUCGCGCUCGAUCCGAAUUUUGAAAAAGAUGAGGACGCCGAAUGAGAAUAUAAUUGUAAAGUAUGCGAUAAAGCAGGACAGUGUUCGUACUAGCUAUCCUCUUCUUACAACUCGAAUUCGAAUCUUUUGCAAGUGGAGCAACGAAACGCGUGCAGCCCCGCUAGUAUGUUUCCUCGCAUUUUUUUUCGAUCCUCACAUCCGAUGCAAAAAUAUUUUUUGUCUUUUGCGUCGGUAGUGAGCAUCGGAGUUGUCCCUGCGCAGGACCUACCCGGUUUUGAAUUCACCAC